AUGGACUUGACGGUCCCACCAAACUCGAGAGCUCUUGUGACACUCCCAAGCGAAUGGAAAUCAUCUGCCACAGAUGAGGGAGAAGAGCCGAGCAAAGAAGUUGCCUCGGGCGAACACCAUUUUGAGUGUACCUGGCUUCCAGAAGAGUGGCCACCUAAAGUUUUGCUUCCCCCAAAUAUCAGUUAUUCCCCAGAAUUGGAUGAGAUUGCUGUGUAA